UUAGAAUGAUUGUACACCAGGCUUCACGAGGUGUACUAUUUCUUGCACGAUGAGGUGUUAAGAAGGUCUUGACAGUAGUGAUGAUCUGAUCUGAUCUGAGAUCCGCUGCUAAACCUAUCCCAGAAUUCGUAAUACUUUUAGCGUACGUAAUUGAUAUAAUCAUAUUUGUGAAGACAAUAGUUUCAAGAAGAUGGCUGAUAUGGCUUCAUAUCAAUCAGAUGAGACAGAUGUUGGGGAGAGAGCUAUCUUGGAUUUGGGAGCCUUUGUUGGGGAUUUGAUCAUCGAGGACGAUGCUCCAAGUGAUGACGUGUCACUUGAGGGACUAGAACAAGAGCUUGAAGAUUGCAAAACUGAUGAUGUAGUAGCAACAAUACUGUCUAAAGGUACAAAAUUGAGGGAUUACACCAAGGAUGUUGAAAACAAUCUGAGGAAAGUUGAACUGGACUCUAUUGAGGAUUACAUAAAAGAAAGUGAUAAUUUAGUCUCACUUCAUGAUCAAAUUCGGGAUUGUGAUACCAUUUUGUCGCAAAUGGAAACACUGCUAAGUGGAUUUCAGGCCGAGAUAGGUUCUAUAAGUUCAGAUAUAAAAAUUCUUCAAGAGAAGUCUAUGGAUAUGGGGCUGAAGCUGAAGAAUCGGAAGGUGGCAGAAUCAAAAUUAGCUAAGUUUGUUGAAGACAUCAUUGUUCCACCAAGGAUGAUAGACAUAAUCGUUGAUGGAGAGGUCAAUGAGGAAUAUAUGAAGACUCUUGAGAUUCUGAGUAAAAAGCUGAAGUUUGUUGAAGUCGACCAAAUGUUUAAGACAUCAAAAGCUCUAACUGAUGUUCAGCCCGAGUUGGAAAGACUUCGGCAAAAAGCGGUUUCGAAGGUAUUUGAUUUCAUGGUUCAGAAGCUUUAUGCUUUAAGGAAGCCCAAAACAAAUGUCCAGAUCCUUCAACAAAGUGUUCUUCUGAAAUACAAAUAUGUUAUUUCAUUUCUUAAGGAACAUGGAAAAGAGGUUUAUCUUGAGGUUCGUGCUGCAUAUAUUGACACAAUGAAUAAGGUUCUAAGUGCCAAUUUCCGUGCUUACAUUCAAGCAUUAGAGAAGUUGCAAUUGGACAUAGCAACAUCUAGUGAUCUGAUUGGUGUUGACACUAGAAGCACUAGUCUAUUCUUGAGAGGAAGAGAACCUCUGAAGAACCGGUCUGCUGUUUUUGCUUUGGGAGAAAGGAUAAACAUCCUUAAGGAAAUAGAUGAACCUGCAUUAAUUCCGCAUAUAGCUGAAGCCAGCUCCAAAAAGUAUCCUUAUGAAGUCCUUUUCAGGAGCUUGCACAAGUUGCUAAUGGAUACUGCUACUUCUGAAUACCUUUUCUCCGAUGAAUUCUUUGGAGAAGAAACCAUAUUUUAUGACAUAUUUGCAGGCCCCUUUGCAGUAGUUGACGAACACUUCAAUACAAUUCUUCCGAAUUGUUUUGAUGCAAUUGGACUGAUGCUCAUGAUUCGCAUCAUACACCAGCACCAGCUGGUAAUGUCUCGACGCCGAAUUCCAUGCCUAGAUUCAUUCCUGGACAAGGUCAACAUUGCUUUGUGGCCGCGAUUCAAAAUGGUAUUUGACAUGCACCUUAACAGCCUCCGUACUGCCAAUGUCCGGACUUUGUGGGAAGAUGAUGUGCAUCCACAUUAUGUCAUGAGGCGCUAUGCUGAGUUUACAGCUUCUCUUAUUCACCUCAACGUUGACUAUGGAGAUGGUCAGCUUGAACUGAACUUGGAGAGACUGCGAAUGGCUAUUGAUGACUUGCUUGUCAAGCUUGCUAAAUUGUUCACGAAACAGAAGCUUCAGACAGUGUUUCUGAUAAAUAACUACGACAUGACAAUUGCAGUAUUAAAGGAAGCUGGUCCAGAUGGGGGGAAAAUUCAAAUGCACUUUGAAGAGUUGCUGAAGAAUAAUACAGCCAUUUUCGUGGAGGAACUGUUAGUUGAGCACUUCAGUGACCUCAUCAAAUUUGUAAAGACAAGGGCCUCCGAGGACUCAAGCUCUGGUUCAGAACGGCCAAUAACUGUUGCUGAAGUCGAGCCUAUUGUUAAGGACUUUGCCGGUAGAUGGAAAACUGCAAUCGAGCUAAUGCAUAAUGACGUCAUUACUUCUUUCAGCAACUUCCUCUGUGGUAUGGAAAUCUUGAGAGCUGCAUUGACUCAACUAUUGCUGUACUAUACCAGGCUUUCAGAUUGUAUUAAGAGGAUAGUUGGUGGCUCUACAUUGAACAAGGAUUUGGUAUCCAUAUCAUCAAUAAUGUAUGAAAUCAGAAAGUACUCGAGGACUUUCUGAGCGUUUUUCUUUUUCUUCUUUUUACCUUUGAAGAAAAAUGGUUCUCUAUAAAUUGCUUCAAGUUUUGUAUUUUGAAAAGGAUAUCAAAUGGUAUUCUUGGUUAUUAUUUUGCUUGUUUUGGAAUUGAUGCUGGUUUACA